GCACGUGUUGUUUUGUUGUCUCCACACCUUUUCUCCUCGUAUCGUGAUGGCUUUCCAGACGCAGGGAACCUCUGGAAGGUGGUCAGAUACGAGCCAGAGACCUAAUCCUAUCAGUGCUGCCGGCGAGGUUCGUUCUAAUAACAUGAGUCACCCUUAUCGACGAGCACUACCGGCGAACGUGGGCGAGAAGCGGGGACGCCACAGACAAGAGAACUCGGCGCUAGGCGGCGGGGAUACGGUGGAAGAGCCUCCGGACAAUGCUGCUGAGUCUCUGAUGCCAGAACAGAAGAAAGCUAGGAUUGAGAAGGCCGGAGAAUCCUCGUCUGGAGAUAAUGAGGGGACAGAAGGGGAAUCACAUGCCGGAGAUGAUGAUGCUGCCAGGACGAAACCUACUGAUAUGGAGCAGAGAAAAACCCUGUUGGAACCAAUCUCAGACAAGGCACUGAAGACCCUGAAUCAGGAGAUGAUAAUGAUGGACAGGUCCGCCCGAUUCUUCUUCUGCCGCCUCUGCUAUUCCAAACUCAAUACAGUCCAGUUUUUUUUGAAGCAUAUCAUGGGUCUGGAGCACGAACGGAAGGCAAAGAUGUUUGUCAACUGGAACGACAACAAGCAGCAAUUCCCCUUUUUCUGCCAGGUCUGUGUUGCACCCUGUACAUGUGAGUCAAUGUUCCAAGACCAUCUGAUUGGAAAGAAACACGCCAAGACACUCACGGUGGUCCAGGAUCUAAAACGUGAACAGUACGGUCCGUUGCCACCUCAACUGUUGACGAAACUGAUGAGUGGACCUCCGGCAAAGAAAGUUGGGAACGGAAUAUCUCUGGGGUUGAGUCCUACAAUGUUGAAAUUCUUCAGUCUUACUGGACCCUUUAUUGGGUUGAACUACGCGGAGGAGAUAGGUGAGGAGGGAGAUCCUACUCCGCGCUACUUCUGCCACAUCUGCCGGACGCACAUGGACUACAGCAACACUGAGCUCCAUUUUACUUCCACCGCUCACCGACACAGUGUGUUGAAUAAAGAUUACCCCGACCUGCUGGCACAGAACCCGAGAACUGCGGCCAAGAAAGACACAGAGAGGUGUGCGCGACUGGCCGCCGAGAUCGAGGUACGAGAGGGAAGAAAAGUCGAACUGAUAUCGAGAAAGAUCCUCCAACAAGGUAGGCGGUCCACCGCUUGUAUAUACUUAAUUUUAUAUCUGUGGUAUAACACUUCCUCCUCCCACCCCUCAGCUGGCUAAAAAAUAUCAUCCUGACCGAAAUGAAGGAGAUCCAAAUGCAGCCAAACAGUUCACCAAGAUCGGAGAGGCCUAUGAGGUCUUGAGUGACGAGGAGAAGAGGAGAAUGUAUGACGUGACGGGACACUCUGAGUACACCCAGAUGGGAGGAGGGGGUGGGGCAGGGGGCGGGGCUCCAUUUACCACAAUGAGAGCUGAGGAGAUAUUCAGACAGUUCUUCGGAGGAGACCUCGGCGGUCUGGGAUCCAUGUUUGGGGGAGAUUUUGGAAUGGGUAACCAGCAGGUAAACCAAAUUACGAUAACUUGUCUGUUGCGUCUGGGUUUUUGAAUUUCGCCUUCCAGCCUCUCAAAACACAAGUUAAGUUAUUGUUUACCUGUAAAGCAGGAAAAUGUCUUAAGCACUCCUGUUUCGUCGGUGGUUCGUUUGUUUAGCUGGUGCUGAACCUGUCGUUCAUGGAGGCAGUUCGAGGCUGCACCAAGCCGGUGGCAGUGAGGAUCCAGGCGACAUGUGAGAGAUGCAGGGGUUCUGGUGGCGAGCCUGGCACCAAGGAACAGACCUGCCCCUACUGCAGGGGGAGGGGAGAGGAGGUGAUCAACACGGGUCUAUUCCACAUGAAGUCGACGUGUCGGCACUGCCACGGACAGGGGAAGGUGAUUGCCACGCCCUGCACUAGGUGUGGUGGGCGUGGCACCACCACGCAGGCCCAGCAGAUCAACGUGCAGGUCCCAGCUGGCGUGUCCGAUAGACAGACGGUCAGAGUUCCAGUCGGACGAUCUGAGACACACGUCCUACUGCAGGUUGAGGAGAGCCCUGUGUUUGAAAGAGAUGGCUUCGACGUCCAUUCUGACGUUCACAUCAGUUUCACGCAGGCCGUCCUUGGAGGGGAAGUGAGGACCAGUGGUCUCAGUGGUCCCAUUUUGGUCAAGAUUCCAGCUGCGAUUGCAUCACAUCACAGAAUACGACUCGCCGACAGGGGAAUCCCCCGACUGAACAGCUAUGGCAACGGGGACCACUACGUUCAUGUCAAGAUAAAGACUCCACGUAAGCUGAGUGAGCGGCAAAGAGAGCUGAUCCUGGAGUUUGCCAAAACAGAGCAGCUGGAUAAUGGCACUGUUAAUGGACUUGAGCAAGGUAGGGAGGAAGAGGAAGAAGAGGGAGGAGGAGGGAGAGAGAAGAGUGUCGUAGUACAAGAGAACAAGGGGUUUCUGCAGAGGCUGAAAGACGUGUUUUGGAAGGAGGAGGGAGAGGGGGAGGGGGAGAGGAGGCGGCAAGAGGGUAGCUGAUCAAAACCAAACUAUAGGGACAACUCCAUUUGCUGUCAGUGCCGUUUCAGUUUCACUGUUUGUUGUUCAUGUUCAUGACAAGGAAAAUGUCACAAUUAAUGAAGAUGGUUGACUUUGACUAAGAUUGAUGGUGAUACGAUGGCAUCUAGUGAGUCCUGAAGCCAACCCGGUCUCUGGGAAUGAGUCUCAGAUCCGAACCAUGCUUCAAGAAUAUGGAGCCUGAAGGAAGGGGGGGGGGGGGACCAAACCAUGCCAAACAAGACCGGCAGCUACCGUUCGCUCACCUGCAGUCUGUGCUGGAUUGAUGCCAAUACCAUCUGCAGUGGGGAACACCUCACUUCACCAGAAUGAGAGCUUUUUUGGCUUACCAUUAGUGAUAAUGGCGCUUGUUGCUGGUGGAACCUUGAACUACACAUUACACAUAUCAAUAGAGUAUUAGCUACGUAUUGACUGCAUAAACGGAGCCUCGGCUAACCUCUUCAGCAGCGAACUUGAGUACGGCUGUGAACGGUGUGUUUUCUGGCACGCUCAGUCUACGUAACGAAAUAGGGUUGAAAACGUGCUUUCUUUUCCGGCUCAUAAUCCCUAUAUAGCAUAGCCUAGCCUGCUCACUCACACUUUGUACGGCAGUUUUGGAUCGGACGUUAGCGUGAUCUUGAACGUCACCUUGGACGCCAUCUCUCUCCGUCUCUCUCACCGUCUCUCUAGUCCUACGAGCUCCGUCUGUACGAUCGACUGACCGUGCCACGAAUGCGCUCUAUUUGGGGAUAAUUUCCGGGUCCGCUUAUAAAAUCGAAAGUUCACAGACAAAACAAACGCUGGGGAUGGCAGGAAGCUACCGUGCAGCAGCUUGUCUGGCUAUCCUAGCCCUUCUUUCGUCGCUAGCUGGAACUGUGCUAGCCGAGAGUGUGGUGGAUGACAGCAAGUGUGAAGAUAACGGCUUCCAGUGUCCCAAGGACGGAGAGCCGUCCUACAAGAAGUACUGCUGUGUGGAGACCAAUGGCGGUCUCACUCUCUACUCCUGCUGCAACCCUUACUUUGGAUUGAUAAUUGGCAUCAGUGUCGGCGUGCCGAUUGUUAUUCUCAUCAUAGUUGCCGUGGUAGUGGCGUACUGUGUGUGUCACUACUACCACAGUAGGAAGAUAAGGAGCCUCAUGGCCACCUACCACCGGAGGAGACAAGAAGAGAACCGACGAAGAGAAGUCCAACUCCUCGCGCCCCCUCCGUACUCUGUCCUCGGGGAAGACGGCGAGGGAGGGGAGAACGAACUCCCGACAUACUCCGAGAACGAUCCCUUCAAGAUACAGACGCAGUCUGAGGCUGGGGUGACUGAGGUUAACGAGGAGGGACCUACCCUUCAUUUGGAGACUGUUUCGGCGAGUGUUGAGGUGGAGGAGAGAGAGAGGGAAUCCGUGAGUACCGACCACUCCAACUCCGACCAAGCUCCUCUCCUUGACAACGGGGGGCAACCCCAGUAAAUGACUUCUAAUGUGUAUGUAUAUCUGUAUAUAUGUGUUUGUCCCUAUAGUUUGGUGUAUAUACCACAUCACAAUUCUGUCGUCAUUGUUAUUUUAA